UGGUAAUUGACAUCGUACAGGCAAUGCAGACGUACGUAAGUACGCGAUUGGGGAAACUCCACUUGAUGAGAAGGUUAUUUUUUCAUUCUCAAUCAGGAUCCUAAUUGCGUAAACUUGUGGAAUUUAUUGAACCAAUUAUCACGAUAGAAAAUGGCAGCUACAAGAAUACAAAAGGAAUUGAAUGAUCUAGUCCGAGAUCCUCUAGCAAUUUGUUCUGCGGGACCAGUAAAUGACGAUUUAUUCCAUUGGAGGGCAUCCAUUGCAGGGCCAAGCGAAAGUCCUUAUCAGAAUGGUCUGUUUUUCCUUGAGAUACGUUUUCCCAGAGAUUACCCGUUCAAACCGCCCAAGGUACAAUUUCAGACGAAGAUCUACCACCCAAAUAUCAACACAAACGGCAGCAUAUGCCUCGACAUCCUGAGGUCUCAAUGGUCCCCCGCUCUGACGGUCUCCAAAGUAUUGCUAUCCAUCUCAUCGCUACUCACCGACCCCAACCCAGAUGACCCUCUGGUACCUGAGAUAGCCAGGGUGUACAAGACAGACAGAGAUAGAUACAACAAAUUGGCCAAGGAGUGGACAAGAUCGUACGCCCGCUCAUGAUGAGGACUUGACAGGUCAGGGAGGGUUAUUCUCAGGAGUCCACAACUCACAGAUUGUAGUUCGAAUCGGGAUUCAACCUGUUAAAUCUUUGGUUUGAUGUUGUUUGCCGACAAACUGGUGAACGUGAAGAGUACCUUAGAAAGUAUUAACAAGGGACUAAAAGUGUUCCUCAUUGGUCAUAAUUACUGAAGUCCAGAUCCGAAUUUUAGAGCGCUUUUGUGGCUAAUUAAACAAAUUAGUUUGCUGGAAGUUAAUGUUGCCACGGGUCAAAGAGAGCGUUAGGAUUAUACAAUUUUCUCAUAACUGAAAACAUUAAGUAACACGGUCGCUUCCUGGAUUAACAGUACUUUGGCUAACUUUAGGGCAGUGCUUGAAUGCUUACCUAGCACUGUUGUGAAGCUUAUCCCACUUUGCCUGAAACAGAAGGCAAAGAGGACAACAUUUCCAAAGUGUCUUGUGAGAUGCACGUAACUUAUUACUCUGUAUGUAACUAUGUAUGUGUUUGUAGUUCCAAUGUCCAUUAAUUUGUGCGUUGUCUUAUUAGAAUGUCUCCUUAUUAUUCCAAGAAGUUGGUGCAGAGCGUAGCUUAUUCUAGAAAGACACGUUUGUGCUUGAUGCCAUCAAAAGUAGUUCCUCCACUUCAUGAUCAAAAGCUUUUUCUCACGCACCACAAACAAGUUCUUUGGAGAAAGAUUUGUUCAGUUGGCACCAGUCAUCCAUGCACCGCUUGUUGGGCUGUCCGUCAAACACCUCACCCGCACCUGUCACAUUUACUUCGUUACUGGCCAAGUUUGGGUCUGAGGAGUCUGGAAUCCCUGAAAACUCUGGUUGAGGACAUCUAAUGCCUUCUGGCAUCAUGUGUCUGGUACUAAAAUUCCAAAAGAAAGAGGUAGCUGUGAGAUUGUUGAAACAGGGUCUGGGGAUAAUGAAUUUAAGGUGUUUUGAGCACUAGGUGUCAUAAUCUUUAGCUAGUUAUUAUUGAGGUGGUUGUGAUAUUGACAUCCACACUUAACUUUUGCAAUGCCUUAAGCAGUCUAAUCAAACUUGGCCAGAGGUAUGGUUUAAGUUUGGUUGAUGCAGAAUUCACUUCAGGAGAAAUCUUGUCCCACGUCUGUGAAUGAAAACAUUAGCGCCAACCUUAUUCACUGCCAACAAGUGAGGGAAUUUGUGGUAAAUAAUCGAUCGUGUAGUUUGCUCCAACCCCACAGAAAUAUAGCCCCCAAAAUUGAUCGUGGAGACUGUCCACCAGCUUGAGGAAAGCAGCAAAUAUGUCAUGAAAUUUAGAACCCAAAGAAAAAAAACAACAACAGGUUUUUAUGCUCAGUUUCUUAGUUCAAAUCAACUUGUCCAAUGCAACAUCCAUCGAGGGGGAAACAGCCGUUCCUUAAAUCUGUGAUGCUUUUCUUAUAUCGUACAGUCGCAAUAGCGCUUUAUACUUCUUAGAAAAACAUGAAGUAAAUUUCGUGGCGUCAGAAAUUUCACUUUGAUUUUGUAUGAUUCCAGUAAAACGAGUAAAUUAAAGCCUCAACGUGAUUCUCACGCGAGCCGUAUAUUUUGCGAAGCUUGACGUGCACAAUUACAACGAAACGCAUAACUGAGCGGUUGUCGUUUAUACAUGUAACUACCUGGAAAAAAAUUCCAAGUAAGUUGUUAAUGAACACGAAGUCCAUAGCUGAAGUUGCUACAGAAUUGACUGACAAAAUGACAGCCCGAUAUGGAUGUCAAAGAGUGGGCUGUGGCCAACCCGAAGGAAUUCCCUGGACCCGCCAGUCCCAUUAAUUCAUUAGUCCUGUAGUUCGUAAAUUAUACAACAACCGAGACGGCACAGUUACAGAGGUCGAACGAAAAUGUUAUUUCAAAAGGGCUUUUUGAACAUUAUGCUAUUCAAUCGUGAUCUUGAUUCAUAUGCAUUUUCUGAUGUCAAAUGUUAAGCGUAUUAGUUAACUCCGUAUGUGUUGUAACAAAAAUAUCUACGACAAGUUAACAGUUUCCUUAAAAAAAUUCACUUGAUUUGGUUAAUUUUCAAAACGAAUUGUAUUUACUGAUUAGAAAUAAUUGUCUUUUGGGGAUUUUUUAUAUUACAGUUACGAAAGUAAUGUUUUCCGCAUUCUUUAACCCUGUAAUUUGUGCUCGCAUAAUUAAAAAAUGUGCACGUGUGUAUUCCGUAUUGCAAAUUGUGCUAGCAUUCUUGAUACAACGAGAAUUUCGUCAUUUGGCUGGAACAUUAACGAACAUGUGUUCUUUCGUUGAAUAUAAACACGAAAUUAGCUUACAUUUACUCUGUCAGGCUUCGGCCAGGCUGACUCGUUGAAAACUCGAGAGAAAAAUAAACGCACCAGUACUAACUACUACGGCUUAGUAACAUCUGAGGGGAAUCCUAAAUUGUUCACAGUGUAAUUCGCUGUUCAUAAACUUCUCGUAUGUUUUAUUUCGAAUGUUUAUUUGUGUAUAAUGUAAUAAACUUUUGCCAACAUGGAAAAACCGAU